GCGGGAGCUGCCGGCCUGUAGCGAGCCUGCACCGGGCCAGGACCCCGAACCCCGGACCCCGGACCCCGGGGCUGACUGGCCCGCUGGUAAUUGAUCGAAAUCUUCAGAAAAUUGAAAGACCUUGUGUUUUUCAAUCAAAGUCUUGAAGCCUCCCUGGCCAACAAAGAACAUUAAACACAGCUGUUUAGGCAGCUGCUUCUAUGCCAGGACCGGAACAUGCCGAAGAUUGCAUACCAACGUUAUCAUUGAAUGAAGGCCUGGAACUCAACACACAAUUAUUUUUAGAAAUGCAGAUCAAAAAAAUGAAGGAAAUAAUACCACAAUUAUAUACAAAUCAGGUGAAUGACAGAAAUAAUUCUUUGACUACAUCCCCAAAACAACUCAGCGGUGAAUAUGUGAAUCAGCCCAGUGGAAAUGAAACUCAGCCCCAUGGUUAUCAAGACACCAAGGCAGAGGAUGACAAGACAUCUAUGGUUACUUGUGUGAGGUGUAGAAGUGUUCAAAAAAUCCCACUCCAGGAGCUGAAAAAGGAUAACCAACAUAGUCAAAAUGAGGACCAGAUGUGCUUUGUUUGUGUCAAAUGCAACUUAGGUAUAUCUCCUCCUUUCCCUUGUAUGAAUGAUAUACCAAGUGCUGUUGAUUCAGGAAAUAAAGAUAACACUAUUUCAAGGACUAUUACUAACCAAUUUAAAGUAAAAAACUUUCAGCCAGGCAAAUAUUACUGUGAUAAAUGCCGUUUUUCUACCAAGGACCCUCUGCAGUAUAAAAAGCACACACUCCAGCAUGAAGAGAUUAAAUUCUUUUGUUCACACUGCAACUAUGUCUCAUACACAAAAGGAGAAUUCCAGAGGCAUUUGGUGAAACACACAGGGACAUUUCCGUAUCAGUGCGAGUAUUGUGACUAUGGUGCCGUCAGAAACGAUUACAUAGUUAAACACACAAAACGAGUUCACGAGACGAGUGGUGAGAAACGACCUCUUAAACAGGCUGUGGAACACCAGUCAAAGAGAACCAAUUUUUCAAAACAGAACUCUGAGGUUCUUGUAAAUGAAGUUUCUAAGUCAAAUUCUUUUCCGAAUGAGCCAUCAGAUUUAUCUUUAUGUUUCUUUGGCCAUGGAGAUCAGGACAAAGCAGGCAAUACUAUUUCCUUGCCUGAGUCUAAGGAAUGCAGCAGGGAUGAAGCAGCCUCAGCUCCUGAUAAAGCCUGCCUUCCUGAACCAAGCAAAGUUAACCUUUUUGAGAAUGAAAAUGUGCAAGUUGAGUUGUUAUCACCAGCAAAAGAACCUGUGCAGCCAGGCAUGCCACUCACUGUAGUUGCACCAGCAGAACUUAAAGUCCCUGAUAACUGUUUAGCCCAGUUGAUAGAUGUUAAGGUAGUCAAUGGGACACAGCAACUUGUUUUAAAACUAAUUCCAUUGAAAGAAAAAAAUGGCCUUAAACCUGGCGGCUCUGAUGAAGGUAAGUAUGAGUUCAUGAGCAAAUCCGCAGUGCCAAAUGAGCAAGAAAAACCAGUGCCUAUUGAACAAACCCCACCAGCAGUAGAAAGGAGUCCUGAGAAGCCACUGGCCGUUGGUAAUCUGCACUCCACAGAUUACACCCAUGUGAAGGAUCUAGAUUGCAGAAAGUCUUCUGUUUCUCCAGUGUUAAAGAAUACAUCAGAGACUAAUCAAAGCCGAUGUGAGUCCUGUCCAAAUAGUGACAGAAUUGGGGAUUGGAGGCAAGAAGUGCUUUCAGUUCCAUAUAGAACAGCCCUUUCUCCUCUUUCCUCAAGAGAUGGUGAUAUUAAACAAAAUAAUUAUUUUUCUUCAUUAUGUGUGGUGAAUAAUGGUGCUUUAUGCAGUCCUAUGAAAAGAUCAGGUGUUUUGCCACAUGUGUCUGCCCUCUCCCCCCAUCAAGACAGAUUUCAGAAUCAUUUAGAGAAAUCACCUUCAGACUGCAAACCUCCUGAAGCUAUUGGGGCUUUUGCAGAAAGAGGCAUGUUGCCAGUGAGCCCAGGGGCCUCUCUGCAUAGGAAUGAAGUUGGUACUUUUAAAAUGGUUCCUUUCAGUGAGAAACUGAAACAAGCACAAGUAAAAGAACCUUCAGAUGAUCCAAAUCCAAUGCAAGAUUCCUCUUUACAUAGUGAACAAUCACACAUCAGCUUAAUUAGAGAAAAUGAUAUUAAGACUCAAGAUCCUGAGGAGGUGAUAUUGGAAGAUCUUGCUGGAGUAACUAUUCAGAAUUCAGGAAGUAUUUCUUCAGAUGGCCCUAUCAUUUCAUCAGUGUUUUCUCUUAGCUCUGGGACUGAAAAUAUCCCUGAAGGGAUUAAAUGGGACAAUAUAAAUUGUGGGACAAAGCCAGUUAAUUUAUCGCAUAAAAGAAUUGCCCAGUUGAUUGCUGCUACUGAAUCUUCACAUUCAUUGUUUCCUUUAAGCACUGUGGAACAGCAGUCCUCACCCUUGGAAACUCCCAUAGACUGUGUUCUAGGACAUAAUGCACCAAGUCAUGAUUCAGCACCACCCCAGGGAUUACAGAAUGAUGCUGCUGAUAUUGAACAACUUACUCUUGAGCACAUGCAACACCAGGACAGUGAGAAGGAACAAACAAAAGCUAGGGAAACCAGAAAGGAUCCUGUCACUGUUCCUGGGUUCAUUCCAAAAGGGACUGUGUUAAAAGCAUGCAAUUCCAGUGAGAAUGAACAUUUAGUAGAGAAUAAAUUGCCUUGUGAUGUCUUUGGCAAUGAAAGGCUGUUACCAAAAUCUGUUGCCUUCAAUUCUCUUGAAGAGGUGGGCGAAGACUUUUCUUUGACAAAUGAAAGUCAGUCAACAGGCAGUUCCAGAAAUCUUGGUAUAUCGUUGGAGAAUAAGCCAAAUCAAGGAGUCACUACCAGUACUGUCUCUAACAAAUCAAAUUCUGCGUGUUCACAACCAACAGAAGGCAAUGACCAGGGUAAAGAGGGAAAAUUGAUUUUCGGAGGUCCCUCAGGGUCCAAAAUUAAGACAAAACAGGCAGUUAUCUCCAAGAAAAAAUCAAAAAUUCAAUCUGACUCCAGUCACUUGCUUCCAGAUGUUUGUAUUUUUAUGACAUCAAGACAUCUCAGACUUAUGCCUGUCAGAACAGAACAGUUGAUUAAAUGCCCCCGCCGGAACCAACCUGUUGUUGUGUUAAACCAUCCAGAUGUUGACUCAAUAGAAGUGAUUAAUGUGAUGAAGGUUGUCAACAAGUAUAAAGGCAAUGUCCUCAAAGUGGUUUUAUCAGAACGAACAUGUGACCAACUAGGUAUAAAGCGGCAUCACAGACGACUUAUCUAUCGGAACAUGGAGGCAGUGUUCCCAGUGAAAAAGCAGACUAUGCUGAAAAUGAAACUUAAAAAGAUCCACAAGAACAGCUACCAGGUAGUGGAUUCCUUACCAGGUGAAUCAGUACAGGGUGCAGAGUAUAGAGUCUUCAGUCUGGGACUUGAGCAUGAGCGACAGGGAUCCAGGAACCCAGGAAUCCAGGUCAGAUGUUGUCCAGCAGCAACACGUUGAGGAACAAGGGUCUAGGACUGCAACCCAUCAGAAGGAGCGGUGAUGCUGGCUUUGGAUGUGAACUUGUCGAGACAUUGAACUUUAGUUGUGAGCCUAACUCUCUCCCUGCCCCUGUAACCGCAAUAUGUGAGAUAUGUUUGUAGUUUGUUCUGGCUAUAUCUUUAAAUUAAAUAUUCCUUUGUAAAAGCGAUUGAAUGUUAAGUGCUUAAAUGGAACUGGGCUAGUCACAGGGUCCUUACAAUGGGACAGGAGAGCAGCUCUGAGGGUCUGUUGGCAGACAAAAGAAACAAGCCCCCUCACCACAUCAAAGAACCUGAAGGGGAGAUGCAACAGACUUGACUCCAAGAGUGGGACCAGGAUUAACCACGUUACACGUAUAUUGUUUCCUAGUGCUGUUUAUUUCACUUUGCAUCAGUUCACAUAGGUCUUUCUGUCCUUUUCUGUAUUCAUUUUUGUUAUCAGGGCUCAGUCAUGUUCCUUUCCAUUUAUGUACCGCAAUUUACCUGUUCCCCAAUCACUGGGGGAAUUCUACUUUGUUUCUAGUCCUUUACUACCACAAAAAAAUGUAGUAGUAGUAGCAGCAGCAGCAGUAGUGGUAAAUAUUUUUAACCCUAAAAAUAGUUGUAGGAGAAGGAAAGCACAAAGAAUAGAACCAGAUUCCAUGGAUUCUGAUUAUAGAGUAUUCCUAAAUGAAACCCAUUGUAUCUUCACUAAUUAAUAUUCUAACAUACUAGAAGUGAGAUUUAUCAAAAUAUAUUUCAAGGGGACAAAAAGAUUGAGAAAGGGAAGUAGGGAGAAGAUUUCUAAGUGCACUAAUAGAUGAGUUGGUUAGAUGUGGGAGCAAAACUUAUGUCUACCAGAAGCUUCAGACUAUUUGGUGGCAACGGAGAGAACAAGAAAGGAUCAUGUAAGUAUUCUAGAAUGGGAAAGGAAGAAGGAAGGAAGAAAGUGGAAUGAAGACAUUUCUUGGAAAGGGAUAUUACAAAUUCGUGGCAUUGAAAUUAAGAAAAUGGAUUAGUGUGUGUAAGCAGAGAGGAUUCAAGAGAGAGGGGGGAAUUUGGUACCAUGCUCUUACCUCAGCCAAGAAUGGGAAGUGGGCUGAAAGGAAAGAAGAAGUGGGUCAGAGAGGACAGAAUUAGGGUAAAUUAAACUAUAGAGACUAAAGACAAUAUUAAAAGAGAUGGGAUAAAUAUUAAAAGUGUUUAAUGGGAAAAAUAUAAAUUUAAAAUUGUCACCCUAAAUGUGACUGGGUUAAAUCUCACCCCCCCACCCCAAUUGGAAGAAUGGAUUUUUAAACUUUCUGCAUUAAAAAAUACAUAAAUCCUAAAGAUAGCCACAGAAUGAAAAUGAGAAGAUGAGAGGACAGAACAAACUCUGUAACUGUAGCCUUAUUUAACUCUAAAAUAAUUCAUUAAUCCUAAAACAAAUAUAAAUGAAGA